UCAGUGAGUCGGUUCCGCGUACAGUCGCUUAACAAUGUCCGAUAUAAAUCAAGAUCUAUUGAAAGAGAGAUUGAGGUGCACUUUCGAUAGAAAGGAAUUGACGAUACUAAUUGAUGGAGGUCCUGAUAAACACAGAGAUAGAAAGGAAAAGGAUGCUGUUAUGCUCCAUUCAAAAUUCGAAGGUGUGCCGGAAGACUAUUUAAGUUACGUGGAAAAAUUUGAAAAUUCUAUUAAAGAAUCUGUCGAAAUGUUCUCACGCGUGCGUCGAUUGCAGGAGCAAGGCAAAACUACUAUGAAUAACUACAGGGAAGUUAUGGCAAACAUUUUGCGAUCGACAGUAGUGCGCGAUGGAUCUCCCAUGGGUCUCCACUAUUUCAUGUUUUUGCCUGCUAUCAUUAAUCAGGGAACUGAGGAGCAACAGGCUCAGUGGCUUGACCGAGCUUGGAAUUGCAACAUUAUCGGUAGCUAUGCACAAACAGAGUUGGGUCAUGGAACAUUUAUUCGUGGAUUAGAGACAACUGCCACUUAUGAUGCUGACACCAAAGAGUUUGUAUUGCACAGUCCUACUCUUUCGUCCUACAAGUGGUGGCCAGGAGGUCUUGGCCACGUAGCUAACUAUUGUAUCUUAGUAGCUCAGUUGUACACUAAAGGAAAAUGUCACGGAGUUCACUUAUUUAUUGUACAAAUACGAGAUGAAGAUACUCAUGAGCCAUUGCCUGGUAUUAAAGUUGGUGAAAUCGGACCAAAGCUUGGAUUUAAUUCAGUUAACAAUGGUUUCGUAGGUUUUAAUAAUGUUAGAAUACCUAGGAAUCAAAUGUUGAUGAGAAAUUCACAAGUCUUAGAGGAUGGCACUUAUGUAAAAUCAAAAAACGAUAAAUUAAAUUACGGCCCCAUGAUUUUUGUGAGGUCGGUGAUUUUUGGUGAUUCGGUGAACUUCUUGAGUAAAGCUGUCACCAUAGCGGUACGAUAUUCUGCCGUUCGUCGGCAGUGUCCGAGGAAAUCUGGUGAACCAGAAGUUCAAAUCCUCGACUACUUGACGCAGCAGCACAAGCUGUUCAUCUCGAUAGCCACGUGCCACGCUAUGCGGAUCACUGCUAAUAAACUGUGGGACAUUUUUAACGUGGUGACCAAGGAACUCCAUGAUGGUACCUACAAAAGGCUGUCUGAGUUACACGCACUAGCCUGCUGUCUUAAAGCCGUCGGUACGUCAGACGCGGCGUCGCUAGUGGAGCGCUGUCGCCUGGCGUGCGGGGGGCACGGCUACAUGCGGUCCUCCAACCUGCCCAACAUAUGCCAGCAGAUCUCUGCUGCUUGUACCUACGAGGGUGACAACACUGUGUUGUUGUUGCAGACAGCUAGAUUCUUAAUAAAAACUUGGCAACAAAUUGACAGCGGAAAAUUGACACCAACUGUGGAUUAUUUAAACACUGCCAGAAGUAAGAGUCAUCCUGGAAAGUGGGUCAACAGUAUCGAAAACAUCGUCCGAGCGUUCGAAAUCGUAUCUAUGAGAAAAAUAUCUUCAUGCGUAGAAAAUAUGGAAAACAAAGUGGCAUCAGGUGUGACAUUCGAAGAUACAUGGAACAUGUGCUCAGUUCAACUAAUAUCUGCGGCUGAGGCACAUUGUCGAGUAAUACUAUUAAGUUCUUUCUACGAAGAUAUUCAUGCGUCCUCAAAGACAGUCUCACCGGAGCUGAGGGUAGUUUUGAAUCAACUGUUGGAUUUGUAUACUGUUUAUUGGGCUUUGGAGAAGCUUAGCGAUUUGCUUCAGUAUACAUCAAUAACAUCGGAAGACGUUCAAAGGUUGCAAGCAUGGUACGAAGACACGCUGGUAGCCUUGCGACCGAACGCCGUUGGACUGGUCGAUGCGUUCGAUUUGGAUGACAUGGUGUUAGGCUCAACGCUCGGCUCAUACGAUGGCAAAGUUUACGAGAGGUUGAUGGAAGAUGCGCUUAAAAGUCCUCUAAAUUCUGGAAAAAUUAACUACACUUUCUACAAAUACCUCAAGCCUUUCAUGGAGGGAAAACUGUGAUAGUUAUGUAUAAGAGUUGUAAAUAUAGUUCUCAUUUCUAUAAAAUUAUGUAAAUGUGGUGUAGUU